GCGACUUUCUUCUAUCAUAUCUAUAAAAGCUAAAACCUUUUGAAGACAUACAAAGCUCUAGGGUUCCUCUUUUAAUCUGUUUGCUUCAGAAGCUGUAACAAUGGCGGCUAUGGUCGAUGGAAUGCAGAAGCUUAGCAUUGCUGAUGAUGUUUCAAAGAAGAAUCGAAUUCAAGUCUCCAACACUAAGAAACCCAUUUUCUUCUACGUUAAUCUCGCCAAGAGAUUUAUGCAGCAGCAAAGCGAAGUCGAACUUUCAGCUCUUGGGAUGGCAAUUGCUACAGUUGUCACCAUUGCUGAAAUUCUCAAGAGCAAUGGACUUGCAGUUGAGAAGAGCAUUAUGACUUCAAUGGUGGACUUGACUGAGGAGAUUGGACGACCUGUUCAGAAAUCUAAGAUCGAGAUUGUACUGGAGAAGUCUGCGAAAUUCGAUGAAUUGAUUGCUGCUACACGGGAAGAAGCUAUUGACACCGAAAACUAGAGCUAGAGUUGAAGAAUUCUUGAGGACUCUGUUUGUGUUUUGCUUCAGCUUUUCUCAUGUCUUUAGUUGCUGAUAUGUCUUGCAGUGAAUUUACCCUCUUGUUUUGCCACCAAUUAGUAGAAAUAGAAUGACACAUCAAUUGUCUCACAGUGUGGAAGUUAAAAAUCACAACUUUUUUUGAAAAUUGUGUAAUCUCUUAUAGCUUAUCUGUCUAGAAUCAGACCAAACCAUGAAUCCAACAACAUAAACGGAAAAAUAAACAAAGAAUGAAUCUUUUGGAAUCCCCUCAACAUUAAUUUGUGAAAUCUCUCAAGUGGUGCAUAAAUUUAGAACUAUGAAUCCUAAUAUCGUGUAUUCGUGUUUCUCUGAUCAAACCCCGAAAACGGCCAUUACAGUCCCAAAAUCAGGCUUCUUGGUGAUUGUUCUCAACGAGUAUCUUCUUGCAAGCUUCAUAACACAUGAAGGAGAUUCCAGCAGCAGGAACCAACUUCAGGCAGCUAGGUCCAAGCCCUUUGUACCAACCGAGAAUACCUUCGUGCUCAAGUAUGCUCACCAGAGCGUCCAGCAUGUUCUUGUACACAACUCUCCCGCUAACCGCUCCCACCUGCAUGUGCUUCCGCGCCACUUCAAGAGGGAAAGUGGCGGUGCUCGAUAGUGCACCAGCUAAAGAACCGAUCAGAAGAGUCUCAAUGUUUCCAAUCUUCUCUUGCUUUGAAACACUCCUGUAUGCUUUUCUUAAGGAAUCGUACGCAAAAUAGUUUGUAGCUGCGUACGGAACAACUCCAAUGAGACUAGGAGCAAGACCCCUGUAGAGUUCUGUGGGUCCUUCCUCGCGUAUAAUUUUGACAAACGCAUCGAAAAUCCCCUUGGAGAGGAGCCAAACCUGAAUUGUAAGACGAGUCUUGAUUAGUUCGAGAGGGUAUGUCAAGAGGGUUUGGCUAACUCCAGCACAAGCACCGGCGAGUAGUGACGCUGGGAUUGGGAUUUUUGACUGCUCUCCAUUUUCUGGUGAUAAUUUCUUGUUUACUGUCUCGAACACAAAAAGCUCGACGGCUCGAGCAGGUGCGACGCGAAUGACAUUGACCAAAUUGCCCCUGAAGAGACCAGUCCAACCUUCAUGCUUCAUGAUAUCACCGAACACUUCGGUUGAGGAGCUCCCUCCACUUCCCACCAUUAGAUGCGUCCUGAUCGUCUCCAGCGGCGCAACCACCGUUCUCGAGACGGCUCCGGCCAUGGCUCCGCUGAAUAGACGCCGCAAAGUAGGAUUAGCGAUCUUUAUCUUCAGUUUCAGCCCACCUUUCUUCUUCUUCUCACCAGUAACUUCUUUGUCACUGAGCUGGGAAGAGAAGCUGUCGUCGACUCUGUUCGGAGACGAGAGGGAUCCCAGUGGAUUAGUUUGAUUAACGCUCGCGAAUAACCCACCAACUGGGUGGUAAUUGGCGCUGUUUAGGCUCCAAUCGCAUCCUAAAUCGGAAACGGAGAAAAACCCAUUCCUCGAAUCGUCGAACAGCUGGAUUCCGGUUUUCCCCAUUUCUGAUGCUGAUGGAAGGACCCACAAAAUGGAAGGAAUGAAAUUUCCGAAGAUGGGUGUGACGAGGGGGAGAGAGAGAGAGAGAGAGAGAGAGAGAGAGAGAGAGAGAGAGAGAGAGAGAAUCUGCUGUGUGUCUCUCUCUCACAGUCAAUGGGUCGUCUCCUUCGUUGAGCUUAGGGCUUUAACCAGUAACAAGUAUAGCUGCUGGUUUUUGCCCUUUUUGGGUGGGUAGGUGGGUGGACUCAGUGGGUGGGACUUAGACUGCGAUUAGGUUUUCUUUUGGCAGAU